AUGGAGACCAAGUCCUCUGAGCUUGGUGCAGCGCUGCGCAAGCUCGUCGAGGUUUUCUACGAGCGUGUUUGGAACGCGAAAGAUGAUAGUGCUCUAUUCGCGAUUCUUGCAGCUGACUUGCGGUUUCGUGGCUCAACGGAGGCUAUUGACCGCGUUGGCCCUGAGGCUUUCAAGUCGUACCGAGAUAAGAUUCACCAGGCUCUGCACAGCUACACCUGCAAGAUUGAAGACAUCGUUGUGGAUGGUGCCGUGGCAUUCGCUCGUGUAUGGUUCAGCGGCAUCCACUCCGGUGGCGACUUGUUGGGCGUGGCCCCGACGAAGCGGCGAGUGAAAUGGGUUGGGGCGGCUCGUUUCGUCCUCGCCGAAGGGCCAAGAG